CAGCACAGUACACUCAUCCACCCACCCACCCACACACACACGGAUGGUUUGGUUGGGGAAUCACAUCGACUUGAGUCGCAAAGACGAGAGCACUUUCUUGGCCUGACAGGUAGGUGAGCCGCAAGAUCCAACAUAUGGAGAAGAGAGGUGAGGUGUCUGACAAUGUGUCUCACCUGCAACUUCCCCAGUCCCAGCUCAGUCAUCAAAUCUCCUUCACUCAAGGACAGCAACGUAACACCAUCCAGCCCGCUCUCCGCAAUGGCCUGCUCACAUCACAUGCAUCACGUGGAGUGCACAGAUAUGCAGAGACAAGAAAAAAUGAAGUGGACUGGACGUGUCUCAUCUAUCAUUACACACAUUCAGGGCGUUGUCGAGCUUGGGCCCAGCAAAGCCGAGUGUGGUGAAAAACUCGAGUACGUCGUCCACCGUCCAUUUGUCAACCGCCGCGGUGGCCAGCUUCACCCCGUCGCUGCUAAGAGCAGUCGACUCAGUGUUGCCGUCCAGCGACUCCUCCAUGCCCCCAUCCUCUGGCACCUGGUACAGCUUGUCGGCCAUCAUCUGCUUGGACCGAUCUGCCUCUUUAUCUCCAUCUCUCGCCGCAGUGCCAUCCUCCUGUGUUUCCUGCGACUCGUCAAGCGCAGGCUUGAACGUCUUGGGCGCCUUUCUCGGUGAAGGUGUGCCUGAUUGCGGUGCACUGGGUGCCUGGGGGACCUUGCCCGGCUGGUGCUCGGCUGGAGCAGGCGACGGCUGGUUUCUCUUGUCGUCUUGUGUGGGUCUGCUCUUGGGCGCAGAGUGGGAGCGAGGGGCUGGGGGUGUGGGGAUAAGGGAUUGCGGGGCAGCUCGGGCUGGCGGCGGCUCCUCCUGUGGCCGUGGGCGGCCGACAGCUUUGUGAGGGUUCUCGGCGGUGCAGCUGCGGAGGUGUAUCUUGAGGCGGUCCUCCAGGAAUGUCCGCCCGCAGUGGGGGCAAGCCACCAUCCCCUCCUUGGUGAAUGUUUCCAUCGCCUGCACGCCACCAGCCAGAGAGAAGACAGGGCGUGGCGUGCCUGGUCUCCCUUCUUGUGGGGGUGGUGUUUCCUGUGACCUGCUGGUUGUACGCUUCUCUCUCUGUAGCGGUCAUGGGUGUGGCUCCCUUGACGGCCGGCAGCUCCUGGGGCUUCGUGGGCAGCGGCCGCCUCUCGUGCUUGGGCUUCAGCGCCUGCAGAGAAGAUGACACACAAGAGGUGACGUCACUGACGUGCAACCUCCUGUCGAUUGCAUCACAUCACCUCCUGCUGUUCCCAUUUCUUGGCGCAUUGUGGAAUGUGAAUGUCAAUCGACUUGGUGCCAAACUUACGACCGCUACACACACACACACACAAUGACAGACAGACAGACAGACAGACAGACAGACAUGGAGACACCAGGCAAGGGAUCCGUUGCCCCGACCAUAUGUAGCAGACGACAGCCGGCGGCUCCUUGAAUGUCGGACCGGGCUCACGCAUGGUUCGGGGGGCAGACGACGGCCGACCCCCAUCGCCCUGACCGAUCGACGGCAAUGAGGAACCACCCCCACCGCCCCCACCGCCACCGCCCCCACCAGAUUCCGCCAUCUUGUGUAGGCGUUCCUUGGCUGCCGUCGACGCCUUUGCCGGAUUGCUGGCCUUGCAUGACCGCAAGUGUAUCUCCAGACGGUCGGGCAGGAAUGUCCUUCCGCAGUUGGGGCAUGCCACGAGGCCUUCAGUGUUGAACUUCUCUUGUGCCGCCACAUUGUAGGCCUCUCUCUCUUCGGCGGUCAUGGCGUCGGCACCUAUGGCCUUCUCGGCCUCCGGCGGCUUGGGCACGGGACGCCUCUCGUGCUUGGGCUUCAACGCCUGACGCGGACACCAGACUCGCUUGGUCCGUGCUUGGUCCGUGUUAUCAAUCACCGAACCUCUUGCUGUUCCCAUUUUUUGGCACAUUGGGGCAGGUGGAUGCUGAUCGAAGCCGUCCCAAACUUACGACCACUAUAGCACACGAGACAUACCAAUGGAGCAUCGCAGGCAUCGUGCAGCGCUGCUCUCUGUGUACCAUAUGUAGCAGGUCACCGACGGCGGCUCUCUGAAGACCGGCUCACGGGAGGGCGCGGAGGCGCUAGCCGGCCUCUGCGGGCCCUUGCCGCCCCCCGACCCUGUUGCUGCUGUUGCUGUUGGUGGUGCAGCGCCAGGGACGCCCUUCUUGAGACGUUCCUGCGCGACGGCGGAUGACUUUGCUGGAUUGCUGGACCUGCAUGACCGCAUAUGGAUCUCCAGCCUGUCGGGCAAGAAGGUCCGGCCACAGUUGGGGCAUGCCACCAGCGCCUCGUUCUGGAAAGUGUCCAUCGCCUGCACACGACCCGAUAGAAAACAGCGCCGACAACACCAUAUAUAUGGGGCCAUUCAUUGCCUCUUUGGUUGUUCGUCGCGUCCUUACCGCUUCGUUGUAUGCUGACCUCUCUGCCGCCGUCAUGGCACCGGCACCUACGGGCUUCUCGGCCUCUGGCUUCUUGGGCAGCGGCCGCCUUUCGUGCUUGGGCUUCAGCGCCUGCAGAGAAGAUGGCACACAAGAGGUGACGUCACUGACGUGCAACCUCCUGUCGAUUACAUCACAUCACCUCCUGCUGUUCCCAUUUCUUGGCGCAUUGUGGAAUGUGAAUGUCAAUCGACUUGGUGCCAAACUUACGGCCGCUGCACACACACACACAAUGACAGACAGACAGACGUGAUCAAGCGCGAUGACGAGAGUGGAGCUGGGGGCUGAUGCAACGAACGUGUUUCGCCCUUUGUGCGGCUGGCUGCGACUGUGUCGUGUCUGUGUGGCGUCCCUCCCUCACCAGAUGUAACAGACGACAGCUGGUGGCUCCUUGAAAGACAUUGGUCCUUGUCAGCUUGAUUCGUUACUGGUCGGUCGUCGUCGUGGGGCCUCCCUGGAAGUGGCAGAACCUUGGGCAGAACUGAUUCGGAUUAUUCCGAUUCAGUGGGGCUCUCUCCAGACGGCGAAGAGAUUGGGAAUGGGGAGGGAAGG